AUGCGAGUUCAUCUGUCUGCCAUACCUGAAGAUGGCGGACUCAUCACAGGAUGGGCCAUAGACAGACGGCAUCUGAACAACUGUGACAUCAUCCUGAAUGUUGCCGAUCUGAACACCGUAACGCCUACAGUUGAGCAAGGCAAGAACAUAACCCUGAAUGUCACCGAAGACAGUGACGGUUCUUUUUCUUAUUUGACACUAUGCAUUCAGAUUCUGUAUAUCAUAAUGCUUCUUUUCUGCCUUUGGGGACUGGUGGGGAACGUGAAGGUCGUCUGGAUCCUCAGCUGCUGCGUCAAGAGGAACCCUUUCGCUACUUACAUCUUGAACCUGGCCGUAGCGGAGGUGGGCACUCUUCUGAGCGAGCUUGCUGACGAUAUUAAUAUGGCUCUGGUGCUUUUUGAUAAUGCCUUUCACGGCCGCUUUGAUAUUAUCUUUUUGUUGGAGGAUGUCCUCAUUUUCUUCACGUACAGCGCAAGCUUGUAUCUCCUAACAGCCGUCAGCCUGGAGACGGUUCUCUCUGUGCUGUUUCCAGUCUGGUACCAAUUCCGUCGAUCGGGGAAGUCGUCCGCUGUCGUCUGUUGUCUGCUCUGGAUCCUCUCCGGCCUGCUCUCCGGAAUAUUACUAUCAUGUCAUCUUCAAGGGGCGUAUUGCGGAAUGAUUGUAAAUACGAUUUGCAUUGUGAAUUUCUUGAUUUGCGCUCCACUCGUGAUUCUUUCCGUUUUGACUGUGGUGGUCACGGUCUGCUGUAACUCUCGGAGGCGUGAGACACCCCGGCUGUACGUGACCAUUUUGAUCACCGUCUCAGUCUUCAUCAUUUUUGGCAUUCCUUUGAGCGUUUUGAAUCUCUCUUUUUUCAGUGCGGACGAUCUUCCACUGGGAGCCCUGGAAACCUCGUACGUUUUGGCAUAUUCCAUCAGCAGCAUUAACCCCCUCAUCUACAAGCUGGCUGGGAGAGACGAGAAACGUCGGUCCGGAAAGUCUUUGAAGGUCGUGUUGCGCAGACUUUUUAAGGACGAAGCAGAAGCCAGAGAGGAGUUAAGCAAAGGCAAUAAACAGGCAGUGAAGAGUUAG